UCGGUGAUUUGGCCCGCUCGGUGAUAGAUUACGUUAUAUAUAUAUAUAUAUAUAUUAUCCUCUCGAUUGCACAACAAGUGGAGCGCAUGCCAGGUCCGAUUUCGCUCCGAAGCACCACACCUUUGGAAACAAACAAAGACCAGAUUCUGGUACUGGUUCGUACACACGCACGAAACCAAGGUCCGCAAAAUAAGCUCGUCGUUUAUCGCUCUUCGCUCGGCACAUCAUUUGGGGAUCGACGUUGUGGGGAAAGAGCCGGCUAGAGGAGAACGGUCAGAAAGGCGACGCAGCAAACAGCAAACUUGGCGACGGAUCUCCCUGCUUUUGGGAUCGUCGUCAUUGCCGAACACCCAGCGGAGUAUACAUAAUGACAACGCAGUUCGUAUGGGCGGGGCACGUUCAUGUGUAUGGUGUAGGACGUGUCAUAAUGGUGCCGCAGACCUGUAAUUACGGUAGAUUGCGAACCAGGAAAUGCAAGGAUUCUACGCAGUGCCCGGGCAAAGCUGACUCGGUGGGCGGACGUCGACCUCCGAAAGAGUGCGCCGACCCUCUCCUCCGAGCGUCUCUAUGGACAGUAGGCUUCUAUACCGGCGGAAUGAGUGAACAAAGCCCCAAUUGUCGGGGCGUCUCCGCACCAUCGCCGACUGUAGGAUGGCUCGCCUCGUACUUUCGUAUGGCAAUGGAUUGCGUCUCUCUGGCUUCGUACGGUGUGCUGAAUGGCUCAAUUGAACGAUUGCGUGUUCCCUGUUGGCGCUUCGCUCGUGCGUCAGUUCCUCCAUUGGCGUUUGUCAGCAUUUACAUAACAAUCCCUAGGAAACUGCCAGCCAUUCAUGGAUGACCUCGUCUCUAGGGUUGGGAUCGUGGGUGAGUCGAUUGAUUCAGU